UUUGUACUCCGUGUUUUAACUUCAAGGAUUAUAUUUUUAGUAUUUUUCAACCGUUAUUAUGACUGGAGUUCGAGCACGAAGGUCCAGGAGAAACAAGAAAGUUAAUACAACAAAACCUGCUAAAAAAAGACGGAACAAGCAAAAGAAAACUUUGAAAAUAGCAAAUAAAACUAUACAAAAGCACUGGGAUGAGUCCAAGACACUCAAACAAAACUUCAAGGAUCUUGGUCUAGCAUGUGACGUCAAUAAGUCAUUGCCAUUGGUCAAAAAAAAGAAUAAAUCUGAAAAUGAAGAAGUUGAAAAAAUGGAUACUGAAAACCCUACACAAGUUGUACAAGAAUUGGAAAUGCAGGCAUCAAACUCGGAAGAUAAGACAGAAAGACGUAUUGCACCAGGAGAAGCAAGAUUCAUAUGGAAUCUAAUCCAGAAAUAUGGAAACGAUUUUAAGGCCAUGGCCAGGGACAAGUCAAAUAUUUAUCAACACACACCAAAUCAACUCAAAAGAAAGUAUGAAGGCUUUUUAAGAUCAAGUCAAGACUUUAGCAAACACCUCACAGAUUCUAGCUAAAAUGUUGGAAGUCAGUUUUUAACAGUUCUAUGAUAUAUAAUUCAUUUUUGUUGCUCAUCUCUUUAUAUUUAUAAUAAUAAGGUUUAAGGAGAUCAAACUUCAGGGUAACACAUAGGUUAAUGAGAAUUUUAGGAAACCAAAGGCUUAUAUUCAGUCACAUUCGUCAGUCACCUUAAAAUUACAUCCAAAAUUCAUUUAGAAGAAAUAUGGCCCAUUGGGAUGAGAAAUGAUGUACAGUAGCUGUUAGAAUGUUGAUUUGACAUCCAUGACAAUCAUGAAGUAAAGCAUAGUUGUUGAUCCCUAUUAACUCAGACUUAUGCCCAGUCAUUACUCUUACUUGCAUUGAGGUUAAUAAGAAAGAUUUAAUAUUCUUGCAACCAUGUUCCAUUGCAAAUGGAAACAAGUCUGCUAUUCUCUGUGGUCAAGGGUCUGAUUGACCUUGGAAUGGUCAUCUUUUGUAAUUAGAGUUAAUUGCUGGUUUUGUGCUUUAUCUUGACGAAAUAUUCUUUAUAUGCACUCAUGACAGCUUGAGGUUUCAAAACAUUUAUUUCACACUUUGUUGUUCAACUUAUCAUUAAAUUUUAUCUGUGCAAAAAUAUUCCUUUACUGAACAUUUCUUGGCAUAUUUUCACUCGUCUGCUACUUCAUUAAAGAACUUAUCUUUCUCCAUAGAAAUGGGUGCUUA